AUGGCAACACAAAAAAUGGAAUCAAAACGAAUACAAUUAGAUAAUCGUCCAAGAGACAAUAUGAAUAAUGAAAUAUCAUCCACAUCGAGUGAAGAAAAUUCACAUCCUGUAACAAACUUCAAUAAUUUUUAUCAGUCAAGAUAUAUAGAAACUACUCAAUCAGACAAUGAAACUUUGGAGUCGCCAAGACUAAAAAAUAAAAAUCACUACAAAUCUAUGGGAAACAUCCACGAUUAUCAAAACAGAAGGCAAAAUAGUAUAACAAAUGUAGAUGUGCAUCUCCAUUCGUCUGAAAUAAAGAAAUUUGAAGCUCUCCGAAUACCAAUAGUUGGGUAUGAAGUUAUGGAAGAAAGAGCACGGUUCACAAUAUAUAAGUUAAAAGUUGAAGAUGAUAAACGUGACCAGUCUUGGCUGGUCUUUAGAAGAUACACAGAUUUUGUAAGGUUGUAUAACAGAAUAAAGGCAGAACAGCCCAAUCUGUUGCUACCUUUGCCCGGAAAACGGUGGUUUCGGGAUAACUUUGAACCGGCAUUUUUAGAAGAAAGAGUUAGGGGUUUGCAAGUGUUCGUAAAUGCGAUUUUAGGGAAAAUACCAAACCACCCUAUUGUAAGAGAAUUCUUCUGCUUAGACGAUCCUCCACAAGUGUUAAGUUAUCAGCCCGAAGUUCAGGCUGUUUAUGGAGCUUUAGAAGAUUCGAUAACGACGUUAAAAGUGCAAUUAAAACAAAAAGACGCGACGAUUAUGCAUUUACAUAAGCGUGUAGCUCUUUUGGAAGAUCAAAUAAAGAACUGUCCAACGUGUAGUACAAAUAAGUCAGUAAAUUUG